AUUAAGCCCCGCGAUUUAUGAUUCUUUUGCUACCAACAAUUGAUCACUCGAUGAUCUCGAUAAUCUUGACUAAGAACGGCCCCACGAUGGAGGGUCGUUACAUCCGGGGGUGUGGUGGACAACGCGUCUGUAUUUAGCCAAUCUCACCUAAAGAUGUCCGGUUUCUUGCAGCUCUCGCCCACAGCUGGUCGAUGGUACUGGCUGCUGGAAGCUGAUCAACUAGGGAAACCAGGCAAUCGGUAACACCUGCAACUGCAAUUAUGACUCGCUUUCAAAUGCCCUUACCCCUGAUCGCCAGCUGCAUCAUCGCAGCCGCAGCCGCAGCCGCAGUCACAGGCACACCCACGCCCUUCCCCUCUCUCACCUGGUCCCUCCUCCCGACCAACAGCACCGCCCAGUUCCGCGGCCUCGCCGCCGUCUCGGACUCCGUCGCCUGGGUCGCCGGCACCAGCGGCACCGUCUUGCUCACCACCGAUGGCGGCCAGUCCUGGGCCUCCCUCGGCCCUACCGGCGCUAGCGCCCUCGAGUUCCGGGACAUCGAGGCGUCGUCCGCCUCGGCCGCCGCCGCCCUAUCUGUCGGCUCGGGGCCCGACUCGCGCAUCUACGCCACCGCCGACGGCGGGCUGUCCUGGACCCGGGCCUUCAACAACGACGACCCGGCCGCCUUCUACGACUGCGCCGCCUUCUCCGACGCGGUGCAAGGCCUCGCGGUCAGCGACCCUGUCGACGGCAAGUUCCGCCUAGUCGCGACCUCCGACGGCGGCGCGUCGUGGGCGCCCGUCGACAAUUCGGGCAUGCCGGCCGCGCUGGACGGCGAGUUCGGCUUCGCGGCCAGCGGGACCUGCCUCACGGCCGGGCCGGGCGGCGGCGGCGCGUACUAUCUCGCCACGGGGGGCGUGGACCCGGGCCGCGUGUUCCGCAGCCGGGACGGCGGGCGCAGCUGGGAGGUGGCGGAGACGCCCAUCGCCGGGGGCGCCGCGGCGGGGGUCUUUUCGGUGCAGUUCCGCGACGGGAGGCGCGGCAUCGCGGUCGGCGGCGACUACACGGUGCCGAACGGGACGGCUGCCAAUGCGGCGUGGUCCGAGGAUGGCGGCAAGACGUGGCAGUUGGCCACGGCCUUGCCGAGUGGCUAUCGCUCCGGCUCUUCGUGGGUGCCGGGCCGUUGCAAUGUUGCUUUGGCAGUGGGUCCGACAGGCUCGGACAUUACGGUCGAUGGAGGUCGAACGUGGCGAACCUUCGAUGACGGCACAUUCGACAGCGUUCAGUGCCCUAGUCGCAAUGUUUGCUGGGCUUCUGGUGAGAAGGGACGAGUUGCGAGGCUUGUCUUGGACUGAGUUGAGCGAGGACCGACUUGAGGCAAUAUACUCGCCAAUAUCCCAGCGGGUAAGUUUGGCGCUCCCCACGAGACUUUGAAGAUUCAGUCCUAUACGCACUUUACCGACUAUACGGGCUCAUUUGAUGGAUAUUUCAAAGACUCAGAGCAAGGGUAAAGUUACAACAUUUGUAAAUGCCUCCAUUGAGCCAAUUGUGAUCAAUUAUAGCAUCAAUUUUGAAGUUGCCUCACACCGCAAGGACUGCACUUUGCAGAGAGUACGUAGGCAUCUUGACUUUCUCUGCCAUGUCGGUGUCGCUGGCGCCGAAUGUUAAACCGCCACUGAACCAAAGUAGACAUGCUCGAAGACUUGAGUCGUCGAGUCUUCAGAAAAUCACUUCAG